AUGGAUUCUAUGAUUAAUAAAUUCAAGGACCUAAACCACCAGGAUGAUGAUGAGGAAAAUGACACAAAACCUGUUUACCCCAAGGAUAAAAAAGAAACUGAUGAUAAAAUAUCGAAUAUAGCGAAACUAUUCAAUGAACUUAGCUUAAAUGGUGGAAGUUCUACAAAGGAAGAGGCGGGGAUCAAAAAAAUGAAGCCGGAGACUUGCAAUGCCAAUAACUACCCUUAUAGGAAUUACUUUAACAACAGUUUAACAGAGUUUCCCUGGGAAAAGGUCUUGGAGAAGGGCGAUUCAGUGGGAGCCGACUUUGAUAUUGAUUAUGAAAAUAUAUUCGAGGAUGUAAGCAAGCUAUCUAAGGUGGAGAAACAUUUGCAGUUGCUCUACAGACCCUUCACUUGUGCCAUGGACGCCAAUUGCCGGUACAAUAUGUAUGAGCUGUGCCUCCUGAUGGCCGAUUCCCGCUACGAUCCGGGUAGUCAUCCCUCGGUGGUCGUGAAGGUGACCCAUCCCAGUGCCCAGGUGAAGAUCCAUGCGGCUGGAAAGAUUGUGGCCACCGCAUUAAAUGCCGAUUCGGCCAGGAGUGCUCUGUUUAAGGUGAUCAGGAUCCUGCAGGAUCUAGACUACAAGGCGGACAUGAAGAACUUUACCAAGAGCAUCGUGAAUGCCUCCUUCAGCAUGCCCUUUAAGCUCGACCUGGUGCUGAUGAGCCGUCUGCAUGCGGAGGAGGUGACCCACAACCGGAACAAGCGACCCUUUAUCACCUACACCGACGAGAAAAUAGGCGUGAGAUUUGCAGUCUUUCCCACGGGAUUCGUAUUGGUCCUUCACUCCACCAGUCACUCUGAAACGCGUGAGGCCAUUGCGGCAAUUCUGCCAAUCCUGGCCAGAUUCAAGAAUGGAUAUCCCACAACUGCGGAAAAGGAGGGUUUACUGGUGGGCGAUCUGUCUUACAAGUUGCUGUGGGAAAAGAGGUUGGAGGAGGACAAGGAGGGUCUAUUGCUCUACUCUUGA